AUGGGUACGGGAAAGAAAGAAGCCAACCGUAAGGUGCGGCAGGGGAAGGUCGGAGAUGGCAUGGGGAACGUGAAGGUCAAGGGCGAAAACUUUUACAGAGAUGCGAAGAAGGUGAAGAGGCUCAACAUCCUCAAGGAGGGUAAGGCCCAGCGUGACGCCGCCGGAAAUAUCACCAAGGCCGCCGCGUUCCAAUCCUCCGAAGCCCCUGUUGCUCGGAUCGAACCUAACCGGAAAUGGUUUUCGAACACCCGAGUGAUCUCCCAGGAGGCGUUGGCCUCCUUCCGUGAGGCGGUCGCGGAGCGCGCCAAGGACCCGUACCAGGUCCUCUUGAAGACCAACAAGCUACCCAUGAGCCUGAUCCGUGACGGGGAAGGUGUGAAUGGGCUGAAGCAGCACGCUGCCAAGAUGGCUAUUGAGACGUCACCUUUCAGCGAUACCUUUGGGCCCAAGGCCCAGCGAAAGCGGGUGAAGCUGGGUGUCGCGUCGCUGGAAGACCUCGCAGGCGAGACAGCUAAGAUGCAUGAUGACUUUCUUGAGAAGGGUGACAUCGAUACCCACGCCGAUGGCAGUGCUGCUGUCGCAGGUGAUGUUGCCGCAUUGGAAGAUACUUCCCUAGGCGAGGUGGCCACUGCUCGUGAAUCCGUCUUCUCCAAGGGCCAGAGCAAGCGUAUCUGGAAUGAGCUGUACAAGGUCAUCGAUUCGUCUGAUGUUGUCAUUCAUGUCCUUGAUGCCCGUGAUCCGGAGGGAACUCGGUGCCGAAGUAUCGAGAAGUAUAUCCGGGAGGAAGCUCCUCACAAGCAUCUCAUCUUCGUGCUGAACAAGCAACUCCCACGACCUCGUCGUAUAUACACCAUGGGAGUUCCCUGUUACAGCUUUGGUAGAUUGACGCUUGCCCGCGCCGACCUUCUUUCUGAAGCUGCGUGGGUACGACAUCUCUCCAAAGAUCAUCCUACUUUGGCCUUCCAUGCUUCCAUCAACAAUUCCUUCGGUAAAGGCUCUCUCAUUCAGCUGCUUAGACAGUUCUCGUCUUUGCAUUCUGACCGGAAGCAAAUCUCCGUUGGAUUUAUCGGUUAUCCCAACACGGGUAAAUCGUCUAUUAUCAACACCCUCCGUAAGAAGAAGGUGUGCAACGUCGCUCCCAUUCCGGGCGAGACCAAGGUCUGGCAGUACAUCACUUUGAUGAAGCGGAUCUACCUAAUUGAUUGCCCUGGUGUGGUCCCGCCGAACCAAAAUGACACUCCUGAAGAUAUCCUUCUCCGUGGUGUCGUUCGUAUCGAGAACGUCGACAACCCAGAACAGUACAUCCCCGCCGUGUUGAAGCGCGUCCAACCGAAACAUCUCGAACGUACCUAUGGUGUCAAGGGCGGCUCCGAAGACCCUAUCGAGUUUUUGAGUGUCCUCGCCCGUAAAGGUGGCAGACUUCUCCGUGGAGGAGAACCUGACCUUGAUGGUGUUGCCAAGAUGGUCAUCAACGAUUUUCUUCGUGGAAAGGUUCCUUGGUUCACCCCUCCGCCUUACACCCCUGGCGAGGAUGGAGAGAAGAUCGAGGGCCGUGAGGGCAGACUUGGCGAGAUGAGUAAGAAGCGCAAGCUCGCAGAGACCGAGCCCGAGGAUGCUCCCAGCAAGUCUGAAGCUGAGGACGAGUUCGAGGGCUUCGGCGAAAGUGACGAUGAGGACGACAACGACUCUAUUGCCAACCUUGAGGUCAGCGAUGUGGAGAGUGGUGAGGAAGAUUGA